UUCUGCGGUAUGCUGCUGCUAUGGAUUUCGGUGACCUUCCCCUUCCUCUGCCUCCUCGCACUAGUAGCAGGACACAGAUCCCACUCCCAAACCCUGCUCCCACCCGGACCCAGGCCGCUCCCCGUUGUGGGGAGCCUAUUCCAGAUCGGCAACAAGCCCCAUCAAUCCUUGGCCCGGCUCGCAAAGACCUAUGGUCCUCUUAUGACCCUCCGCCUUGGCCAAGUAACCACCAUAGUCGUGUCCUCCCCCGAGGUUGCUAGAGAAGUGCUUCAGAUGAAGGAUGCGGUCUUCUCCGGCCGCUCGAUUCCAGAUGCCGUCCGUGCCCUUGGCCAUGCCGAUGUCUCCGUCGCAUGGCAGCCACCAGCCAAGCAGUGGCGGAGCCUCCGCAGGAUCUGCAACACAGAGCUUUUCAAUUCCCAAACACUGGACGCCCACCAGUCCCUCCGGCGCCAAAAAGUACAAGAAUUGCUAUCUUAUAUAUCCGACCGUUCCCUGAAGGGUUUGCCCGUGGAUAUCGGGCGAGUGGUGUUCACAACUUCGCUCAAUCUGCUGUCUCGCACUAUUUUCUCUGUUGACCUCGUCGAUCUACACUCGGAGUCCUCCCAAGAAUUCAAGCAAGUGGUGCUGGAGAUAAUGAAGGAAGCCGGGGGCUCUAACCUCUCGGAUUUCUUCCCACGGCUCGCCCCAAUAGACCUGCAAGGCAGGCGGCGCCGCUUGACGGCNCUUUUCGAGAAACUGCAAGAUAUCCUUGACGAACAAAUCAACCGACGACUGCAGAGCAAAGAAGAACAACAAGCAAGCAAGGACUUCCUGGAGGUACUCCUCCAUCGCCAAGUGCAGCAAGAUAACUUCAAGAUGGACCGACAAGUCAUGAAAUCUUUGUUCAUGGACCUAUUUGCUGCCGGUACCGACACUAGCUCGAGCACGGUGGAAUGGGCGAUGGCGGAGGUGCUGAGAAACCCAAGGUGCAUGGCGAAGGCCCGCGACGAGGUUGAGAGAGUGAUUGGCAGGGAGAAGGAGGUGGAAGAGUCGGACAUUGGCCGGCUCCCCUACCUCCAAGCCGUGGUCAAGGAGACCUUUCGACUACACCCGCCGGUGCCAUUCCUACUGCCCCGGAAGGCAGAAUCAACGGUGGAGUUGGAUGGGUACACCGUGCCGGAGGGCACGCGUGUCCUGGUGAACGUGUGGGCCUUUGGCCGGGACGGGGAGGCGUGGCCGGAACCAAAUGAGUUCAGACCCGAGAGGUUCUUGGAGAGGGAGGUGGACUUCCGGGGCCGAGACAUGGAGCUGAUUCCGUUCGGCGCAGGGUGUCGGAUUUGCCCAGGAUUGCCGCUGGCUUUCCGGAUGGUGCAUUUGAUGCUGGCUUCGUUGCUCCAAAAAUUUGAGUGGAAACUGCCCGAUGGGAUGGGGCCGAGGGACGUGGACAUGACGGAGAGCUUUGGGGUCACCUUGGCCAAGGCUGUCCCUCUCCGGGCCAUUGCAGUUUCCAUCGGCUGAACCAGGGCAAUCUAAGAAUUGAACCAGUUCAGAGUAUGGUCAUUACCUAAAGAGACUUCUUCUGAGGUCGACUAAACCCACCAAAAGUGUGCUGUAAGAACAAUGUCCACCAAAACAUGCAUUAUAAUAGUUUUAAACUACUAUCCGUUUUUAUUGUACCUUUUGCUCCAAACUUAUUUAUUCCUUGAUCUUGUUAUUAAUUAUUCGAAUUGUUCUCAAGUAAAACAACCAAGUGAGAAUUAAUCAUUAAUUUAAGAAUUUUUUCCCAUUAUUCUCAAAUUAAUGGAUGACAAGGAACAUAAAUAAGAGCAGAAUUACACAUGCCGCAGAGGUGCCAAACCUGAUAUUUUAGGGUUAACUUAUUUGGUUAAAUAAUGGCCAUUAGAUUGCUACUUUUCUAUUAUAAAAAAACCUUUAUAUAGUACUAAUAAAAUGCUGCUGUAUUUUUUGAGUAGGACAGCAAAAGGCC